AUGAAGCAUAGUUUGGUUCAAUUAGCAGAUAAAUUUAACUGGACUAAAAUUGAUGAAUUGUGUAGUGCAAAGUUUUGCAAAAAUAAUGGACGAACUGCAUUACCGAGCAGGAUGGUAGUAGGUUUAUUGUUACUCAAGCAAAUGAAUGAUUUAUCUGAUGAAGAGGUCUGUGCUAAGUUUAUUGAGAAUCCAUACUUUCAAUAUUUUUGUGGUAAUAAGUAUUUUGAACAUAAAAUUGGCUUGACCAGUGAAAGUCUGACCAAUUGGCGUAAACGCCUAGGUAAUGAAAUCUUUCAGCAGAUUUUAGUGGAAACAAUAGCUUUGGGAUUAGCGGAGGAAGUGAUUAGCCCAAAGGAGCUUAGCGAAGUAAUUUCUGAUACCACGGUACAGGAGAAAAACAUCACUUACCCAACUGAUGGUAAAUUACUUUGCAAAGCUUUAGAACAAGUUGUUGAGCUUGGUUUAGCUUGUGGAGUUAAGUUUCGUCAAACCUACAAGCGCACAGCUCCGAGACUAAAAAACAAUGCGGCACGAUUAUCACAUGCAAGAAAACCAGCUCAAGCCAAGCGAGAAACUAAGCGUCUACGUACCUUACUUGGUCGGGUGAUUCGUGAAUCUGAGCGCCAGAUUGAGAAUUUGAAGAAUGUAUCGCAAGGCUUACUCCAGCAAUUUAAAGACAAAAUAAUAGUAGCUAAGCAAGUCUUUGAACAAAAGCGUGAUAGUAAAGAUAAAAUUUACUCAAUCCAUGAACCAGAGGUGAGCUGCAUUGCUAAAGGCAAAGCACAUAAGAAAUAUGAAUUUGGUAGUAAGGUUGGAAUUGUGAGUACAAUUAAAAAUAGCUUUAUUCUAGCAGUAGAUUCAUUUAGCGGUAAUCCUUAUGAUGGUAAAACUUUAAGUGAUCUUUUAAUUCAAACUGAACUAAACACUGGAGAAAAUAUCACAACGGUUGUUUUAGACAAAGGUUACCGAGGUUGUAAGAAAGCACAUCCAGAAAUAAAGGUUAUGCUCUCGGGUGAUAGAAAUUUAAGUCCCUCAGAGAAAAAGAAACUAAAGCAACGAAGUAAGAUUGAACCAACAAUUGGGCUAAUGAAGUCAAAAUGUAGGAUGGAUUUGAAUCGCUUAAAGGGCAGCAUUGGUGAUAAACUGAAUGCUACCUUGGCAGCUGUUGCCUAUAACCUAAGGAUGAUCCUAAGGGUUAUUUUUUACUUCAUUAUUUAUUGCUUAUUUUUGCAAAAUAUCCAAAGAAAUUACCAGCUAGUAAAAACUAACUGGUAAAAAUUAGGGGUUGUUUAGCAUCGACUAAUUAAAUAAUUAUGGCAAAGUUUAAAGUUGGCAUUUUACUGA